AUGUGUGGAGACUGCGGAAAACGAUACAAGUAUAAGAAGUCGCUAAACCGACAUCGUUAUCAUGAGUGCGGAUCCUCCAAAAACAACUUCAGCUGUGAGCUUUGUGACUACCGAGCGUCCAGAAGGUACAAGCUGAAGGAACAUCUGAGCAUGAAGCAUGGAAUAGAGACUGCAACAGAGUUGAGGCACCUGUCGGAAAAGGAAAUUAACUACAUUAAACACGCUGCGUCUGAUUCUCUUCUAGACGGUUUUGCCCCUGAGCUGUUGGACAUCAAGCCCUUAUUCUACAACAAGACUCUCAUGGGCCCCACAGCGGUCGUGAAGCUUUGCAAGCAAUACGUGUGUGACUGUGGCAAGCGAUACACCUACAAGAGCGGCCUCUACCAGCAUCGCAAACAUGAGUGUGGUGACAUGAGGAAGAACCAUGUUUGCGUCGACUGCGGCAGAAGAUACACGUAUCCUGCAGGACUUUAUCAACACAGGAAACACGAGUGUGGCAAAGAAGCGAAGUUUCAAUGUGAACUGUGUCCUUACAGGAGCAAACUCAAAGGAAACUUAAGGAUCCACUAUGCACACAGGCACCAGAACAUGGUAUCGUCGAUGGACCAGUGUCACAUUAGUAACUACAUGUGCCCGUUGUGCGGUCGCUUUUACAAAUACAAGUCAGGCUGGUAUCAGCAUCGGAAGUACGAGUGUGGGAAAGCGCCAGCCUUCCAGUGCCAUCUUUGCCCAUACAAGUGUAAACAGAAGAGCUCUCUAAAGAUACACUUGUCUGGCAAACACAGCCUUAGCAACAUCACAAACUCUGCCGUAGACGAGGUGCAGAUGCGCUUGGCGUGUAAGGGAAUGGGAGGAGAUACGGCCAACGGGUUGAUACGUUACUAG